AUGGCCGACCCGGUCGCGGACGAUGACCGCAAAUUGCUCGUCAAGGAGUUCCUAGACCUUGACGAGCUUAAGGCUCGGGAGGCGAAGUCUCGCGCUGUUGUACUUGAGAUCCUCGGCGACAUCCCCGACGCCGACGUCGCGCCUCCGAAGAAUGUGCUCUUUGUGUGCAAGCUGAACCAAGUCACUGAGCAAGACGACUUGAAGUUGAUAUUCUCACGGUUAGAGUCGCAUAUUCCGACCCUAUAUGUUCGCAGAUUUGGUCCUGUGCGCAGCUGCGAUGUGAUCCGUGAUUACAAGACCGGCGACUCGCUGCAGUAUGCCUUCGUGGAGUUUGAGAGCGAAGAGGCGUGCAACGAUGCAUAUUUCAAGAUGCAAAAUGUGCUAAUAGAUGAUAGGAGGAUACACGUGGAUUUCUGCCAGUCAGUGUCUGGCUUCUGGAAACGUUUCAAAGAAAACGGCACGUUCACUCGCACAACUAAGGGCAAUUUAAGCCCAUCUGAAGCAACCAGACAAAGACAGCCGCACCGUUACGGCGACAGCUACCGCCGUCCACGGGUUCCCGCCCGCGAUACAUAUCGCCAAGAAUACCGCAAUCGGAGUACAGCCAGGCAGCCUCGUUCACGGAGCGGUUCCGUAGCUUAUCGGUCCCGCAAUGACAUUUCUUCUCGCCGCUACAGGAGUAGGGACAGGUAUACGUAUCGCAGUCAAGGCCGAGAUAGACCUGUCUCUCGCCGUCACCACAGCUACAGUAGCACAUCAAGCAGUACUUCACGCGGCUUUUCAGGUCACAGGUCUAGUGGACGUUAUCGAUUUGGAUCGAGAUACAUCCCUGAUGACAGUUCAGAAGGCAGCUACAGACAUCGUUAUAGCCAGAGUUAUCGUGAACGGCCGCAACGCUCCUCACGUCGAAGGUACCGCAGGAGUGACAGUUCACGCAGCAACUCAUCCCGUCGCCACUCAACUCGCCGCAGCCACUAUAGGGGUCGUGAUUAA